AUGCCUAAUUUACUUAAUCUUCUUUCACCAGAAUUAAUACCAUUUAUAACGAAGUAUCUUCCAAUCCAAGAUCUUAAAAAAUGCUAUAGUUUAGAUGAUAUAUGGAAAGCUGAAGCUAUUAGAGAAAUUUGCAAAAGAUUAAUAGUGGACUGCUUAUUCAUUAAUAGUAAAACAACUAUUAAAGCACUUAUUGAUCCCAAAUUCCAGUAUAUUAGUAUCAGUAAAGCACUUGCCAAAAAAAUGUACUUAUAUAUUUUUAGAGAGUGGGGAUCACGAUAUCCUGUAGUGGAAAAACUUGGUGUUGGCGCAACAAAUACUGGCAAGAAUGUAAUG